AUGACGGACCGGGCGGCGCUCGAGCAAUCUGCAGAGACAAUGAUGGAGCGGUUGGAACGCCGCAGGAAACAGAACCGCAUCUCCCAACGCAAGCGCCGUGAGCGUGACAGAGAACGCAGAGAGCAAGCGCAGUCUCGUGGUCCAGAAUCUGCUCGUACGGAGCGGCGCACGACAUGCCAUGACUCCCGUCUCGCACCGCUCGAACAACAGGGCCAGGACGAGAUAGCGCCCGCAGGUGGAAGUGACUACCGAGCGCCGGCGCACAGCCAUGGCGGCCUCGCCGUGCAACCGUCUUCAAGCACGUCGGCGAGCCGCUCGUGGAACUCGCCGACAAUGGCAGAGUGCACAAGUCCGUUCGAGGAUGGUUAUGCUCUCCUGAAAGGAGGGCCUGUUUGGGACUGCACGGAGACGGCGGGUACACGAAAAGACGAGGGCACGUGA